AACCUACGAUCCACGGCCGGCAGCUUGGCAAUCGGGGCAGUAUGAAUCCUUCUCAUCCUUAACCUCGUUGUAGUUGGGGCAGCUCUCAACCGGCUGGUUCGACUGGUUCGCGCGAGCGAUGGCGCUCCUGAAAGAGGCGCAAGAUGUCUCGGCAGGAGGGUACGAGGGUGAGCUGUGGUUGCACCUGAAGACGGUAAAGAUCUUGGAACACAUUUUGGCUCAAGGUGAUGACCGGUGGAUGUCGGUGACUAGGUCGAGGGCGCGUCUAAUGGAACAGGGUACUUUAAGAGAGACGUUGAGGAGAUAAGAUGUGAGGUUUGGUCUUCGUGCUGUGUAAAGCUGAAGACUGGUGACUUGAAAAGAAUCUCGAAAGGUGCCAGGGUGCUCAGCGGUGAUGAUGAUGUAGGAGCUGCUUGGAGUCGAAGGAUUUCUUUUUUUCGCAGAGGCGAUGUCUUUGGGCCUUUAUAUGACUCUGUGACACGACAGCCAGACAUUGGCUAUUGACUUGAGAGUGAACGUAUAAUGGUGCGAGCUGACUUGUUUGCCAUCGUCAAUCCUUUCCAACCAUGCAAGUGCAAUAGGGCGAAAUGAUUUCACCGACGGGGCCGAAUGGAAGUCUAGAUGAUGACGGUUGGUUGCUUGCACUCCCGCAGUGGUGAUGUUGGAGGUGCUAACUGGGUGGUAUGUUGGUUCAUUGAGGACCCGGUAUCACAGCCGCAGGGAGAUGUGUGCGAGCUGGCGGUGGAGUGAAAUAUGGCAAAGUCGGGCGCAGGUCAGAAGACAGAGGACUUGUACCUCUCUCGGUCGAGGU